GGCAGUGCGCGUCGGACUGGCAACGAUGGCGGACGCGUAUUCGUUUGCUCUGCUCGUCGAGCUCGGAGAUCACGGCGUCCCAAAACUGAAGAACAAGUUAGUGAAGUACUUCCAAAGUAAGAAAGCUAACGGUGGCGACUGUGAAGUUGAGUACCAGAACGGCAGCAGGACGGCUGUGCUCCGCUUCCGCUUAGAGCAGGACCAGAAAAAUGUGUUGGCGAAAGAGGCGCAUCAGGUCCCUUUGGAUAAAGGCGCGUUGAAGGUGACGGUCCGCUUGAUAACAGAUGAGACAACAGCCCAGGAAGCUCCAUCUGAGAAACGCAACAAGAAAUCAGCGAAUGUUGCUGUGAAGAACAAACAAACUGUCAAGCCCACACCAGCAGCCGAAGUUAAGACAGAGGAGAAAGGCAAAGAUGAUGACACAGACGAGGACGAAGACGAAGACGAAGACAAAGACGAAGAGCUUAUCUCCACUACGGCUGUUUUAGGAAAUAUUCAAAAGUCCAUGAGCCAAGAUUUUUUGGAGAUGCUGGUGGAGAACAUUGUGAAGGAUCUUGACUCUCCGUCUGCCUCUGAAAACUACACCUUGGAAUUAAUUCCCGACAUCUCAUCUGCCGUGGUGACUUUCCAGAGUGGAAAAGAAACCACCGAUUUUGUGUCAAGAUGCCCCCAAAACAGGAUUUUCAGAAGCAAGGGACUAUCAGUCCAGGCUCUUGAAGUCACAAAGCAAGUUUUAGUUGAAGACCUGGGUGAUUCUGAUGAAGAUCUCCUCUGCCUUUAUUUUGAGGCGAAUGCAGGUGAAGUGGACAAUGUUGCACUUAAUAAAGUGGAACAGACUGCCAUCAUCACCUUCAAAGACCAUAAAGCUGUUAAGGAUAUCCUGAAGAAGAAACUUCGAAUGAAACAGAAAGAGAUCAGAGUUUAUCCUUUUUACAAAUCCCUUGGAACAGCCCUUUAUGGCAAAGACAAACCUUCACCAAAACUCCCCCCCACCGUCUCUGAAUCCAUUGACAGUGCUGUUUGGAGAUACCUUAAAGACAAUCAAUCAGCAGCAGAGACCAUUCGUAGCCACUUAGCAAAACACUUCUGCAAUGUGAACCUCGACAACUCUACUGUGCUCUUGAGCCCUGAGUCUUCACUACUACAACAAAAGGAUGCCAAAGUGAUUAUCAAAGACUGGAAGGAUACUGCAAAGUCAGCCUUUGCACAAGCACUGUCAAAAUUCAAAUCCCUGAAGCUUGAGCCAGAGUCCGAGUUAUGGGAAGAGUCUGAAGAGAUGAUCAGAAAGACUGUAGUGAAUGAGGAUGUGGUUGUAGUGUCUGAUAAAGCCAAUGGUGUUGUAUCAGUGGUUGGCCUUGUUGAUAAUGUCAACAAACUACAGCAAGCUCUUUGUGAAUCCAUGGACAAGAUUGUCAAAAGGGCGCAGAGGGAGAAAUCAAGCACAACCCAAAAGAUCAAAGUGUCACAGUUGAUUUAUAACAUCCUAUGUCAGGAUGGUCUUCAGGACAAGCUGCAUGGCAUUUACCCUGAUCUCAAAAUGUCAUUCACAAAAGAUAGUCCAGAUUUGAUGGUGACUGGCUUAUAUGAUGAGAUCAUGAAAGUACAACACAUCAUAUAUGAUGCAGUGUUAGACUUAAAACGUCAGAAUUUAGCAAUAGAUAAAUAUGUGCUUGACUUGUUGAAGGAUGAGCAACAAGAGGAGCUCACAGAAGCUCUCCUCACAUCCAACGGAAUAAAUGCAGCAUUUGAGAUCAAGGCACAGAAGGUGCGGCUCAUUGCUGCUUCUGACAAAGUACUGAAUGAUGCUGAAGGCCAUCUGGUUAAGCUGCUAAUAUCUCAAUGCAUUGAUGUUGAAGACAGUAAGGUCUUAAAGAAGCCAGAGUGGGAGCACCUGGUCAGUAGGUUAGAGAAAGCCAACAAUAAGUCAUACAAGAGAAUUAAAAUCCACACCACUGGUCAACAAGUUGUGGUGUCUGGCCACAAGGAUAAUGUCAUCAGUGUCAGCAGGGAUCUUAACAGCUUUUUAAAGCAGAAUGCUAAUGUGGAAGAAACUGUGGUGGUGAAGUCUGACACAAUAGUCAGAUACAUUGAAAAACUUAAAUCUUCUGGAUCCGUUCAACUGAAUGACAAAGUGACUGUGUCUUAUAGAAAGAAGGCCAUCUGUCUGAGUGGUUCAAGAGAGGUUGUCACACCGUGCAAGACUUUGGUUGAAAACUUGGUCUCUUCUUUGAGCUUUGACAGUAUAACCAUCUGCAAGCCUGGAAUGAAGAAAUACUUCCAGGAUAAUGAAAGAAUGGUUGUCACCUCAGUCUUAAAUGAAACUGGCUGCCAGGUCCAACUUGUUGAUGAGACUGGUGGUGGGCAGGACAACUUGGGCAAGGGACAGCUACAAGGACCUGUGUACCAGCUUCAGACAGCUGAUGGGGUAGAAAUAACUGUUUGUAAGGCAGAUAUGUGCAGGUACCCAGUGCAAGCAGUUGUCAAUGCGAUUACUGAGGACUUGAAACUUAAAGGAGGUCUUGCAGCAGCACUUCUUAAAGCUGGUGGCCCUCAGUUGCAGGAUGAAUAUGGGAAACUAAUUAACUUAAAGGGACAGCUGAAACCUGGUGACUGUGUCAUAACUGGUGCAGGGGGGCAGCUUCGCUGCAACAAAGUCAUCCAUGCAGUAGUGCCCAAGUUUGAUCCCAAAAAAGUCCCAAAGUCUCAAGCGCUGUUGAAAAAAGCUGUUAAAGAAAGCUUAGAACUUGCUGAAAAGCAUAGCUGCUUCACUGUGGCUCUGCCCACUAUUGGCAGAAGCCAGGGCUUUUUGCCCAAUGCGUGUGCAGAAACCAUCAUAAAAGCAGUGAAGGAACACCUUGAUGAAAAGUAUGACAUCACCCUGAAGACGAUCCAUUUUGUUGACAGCGAUGACAGUGCUGUUAAGGCUAUGGAGGCAGCUGUCAGACAUGAGUUUGGGAGUCACAGUGUCAGUCAGUCUCAACAGACUCUUCCGAGCAAAGCUACCAAGCCUCCACCUAUGAACACCUUGGGUAAAGCACAGACCAAAGAGGGCUUGGACAUCACUCUGAUGAAAGGAAAUAUUCAGCAUGCCACGACGGAGGUGACAGUGAAUACUGUGUUUGAAGAUCUUGAGCUGAAUAGAGGGGCAGUUUCGAAUGCCAUCUUUGGUGUGGCUGGAGCCAAACUUCAGCAGUUGGUAAAAGCAAAGAAUGCGAGUGGAAGUGUUGGUGAGAUCAUUGUCACUGAAGGCUGCAAACUGAAGAGCAAACAGGUCUUUCAUGCAGUCACACCUCAUUGGGACAACGGACAAGGCACAGCUGAAAAGAUCUUGAAGGGCAUUUUCAAGGACUGCUUGGACAGGACAGAGGACACAGGUCUGACCUCCAUAUCCUUCCCUGCUAUCGGCAGCGGAAACCUUGGUUUCCCAAAAGACCUUGCAGCCUCACUGAUGUUGGAUGAAAUCAUAGCGUUUAGCAGUAAGACUCAGCCUAAGCUUCUGAAGGAGAUUGUGAUCAUACUUUACCCUGGAGACACGAAGACGAUCCAGGUUUUUAGUGAUGAAUUUCAGAAGAAGUUCCCCAAUGCCUCAGGUGUUUCAGUGCCCACAAGUGCCCCCCAGAGUACAGGUGUGUUCUCUAAAGUUGUCUUAAGCUCAGGAAUGUCUGAGACCAAAAUGGGAAGUGUGGUUAUACAGGCGGUCACAGGAGACAUAACCAAGGAGACCACUGAUGUCAUCAUCAACUCCUCCAAUGAAACAUUCUCUCUUAAGUCAGGAGUAUCGAAAGCCAUUCUGGAGGCAGCUGGUUCUACUGUUGAAGAAGAAUGUAAAGAACUUGGUGCCCAGCCCAACCCAGGCAUGAUAAUGACCCAGCCAGGCAACCUCAAGUGUAAGCAGAUACUCCACCUAGCCGGACAGUCAGAUCCAGUAAAAAUCAACACGGUUGUGAAAGACGCACUCCAAAUGUGUGUGACAAACUCACACACUUCCGUCUCACUUCCUGCCAUUGGCACAGGUCAAGGCAAUGUUCAAGCAGGGCAGGUGGCAGAUGCCAUACUGGAUGCAGUCAUUGAAGUGUUGAGCCAAAACCCCUCCAGUACUCUGAAUACAAUCCGGAUAGUUAUUUUCCAGUCAAACAUGCUGAAAGACUUCAACAACAGUAUGCAGCAAAGAGAAGCCACUGAUCCUAAAGACAAAUCAACAUCCAUUUGGGGAAAAAUAACCUCUGGAGUCAAAUCUCUUUUUGUUGGAAGUUCUGACAAGCCAAAGAAAGUAGAUGAUGUCAUUGUCAUUGAGACUGUAAAAGCAGACCCUGCCUGCAUCCACAUCUGCGGCAAGUCACAGGCUAAAGUUGACUCAGCCAAGCAGUGGAUCAGCAAGCUGAUAGACAAAGAGUAUGACAGCAAGCCCAUAUCAAACAAAGCCAUCCGCAGCCUCUCUGCUGGAAACAUUAAGCGCAUGGUUGACAUCCAGAAGACCAUGAAUGUGAGCAUAAAAACUGUGAACCAGAAGGACAAACCCCAAAUCAUCAUUGAGGGGCUCAUUAAAGAUGUGUUGAAAGCCAGCAAUGAAAUCGAUGAGAUGUUAAGCGAAGCAAGAGAAAUGGAGGACCUGAGGAAGAACGUGGCAGAAUGGCAAUACCAGGAUGGGUCUUCCUUUUUGAGUUUUGAUGUACAGACCAACUACGAUCUUGAGCAAGCACUGGAGAAGAAAAUAAUAUCUGUAAAAGUUACCAUACAGGGUCAAAUCUACACAGUCCACACAUCAAGUGGACUUGCUACUGAUAACCAGGGAGGAACCCUUGAGAUAAAGCGCAUUGACAAAACAAAAGAUGACGACAUUCCUCUGAAUUGGGAAGCCAUGCCAGCCAACACCACGAGUAAGGCCUUCCCCCUCACAGCUGGGACACCAGAGUACACUGAAAUCGAGAAACUGUUCAGUGCCACAUGUACUCAAGCCAUUAUUAAGAUUGAGAGGAUCCAAAAUCCCACUUUGUGGAAGGCCCUACAAAUCAAAAAACUGGACAUGGAGCAAAGAAAUGGUCAUCAGAACAAUGAGAGACGUCUGUUCCAUGGUACCGCUCACGACACUGUGGCCCACAUCAACGACUCUGGCUUCAACAGGGUUUUUGCAGGAAAGAAUGCUGCUUGUUAUGGCAAUGGCACAUACUUUGCAGUCAACGCUGAUUACUCUGCCCAGGACACCUACUCCAAGCCACAAAAUGGGGAGAAGCUCAUGUAUCUCUGCCGAGUGCUCACAGGGGAUUACGCCCUUGGACAAAAAGAUAUGAUCACCCCACCGGCCAAGGACUCCACCGGGAUUCAGAAGUACGAUAGUGUUGUGGACAAUAUGGCCAAGCCCAAUAUGUUUGUCAUCUUCCAUGACAGCCAGGCUUAUCCUGAAUAUUUGAUUACAUUCAAGCAAUAACAUAUCUCUUACAUUUGACAGUGCCUUACAACAAAAAGAAAUCAUUGCUAAUUAUCUGUUGAUUAAUGUAUUUGUUUCAGCAUAUGCUCAAGAUGUUUGGCUUAAUAUUACAAUGAGGCCUGUAAUGUAGUACCAGGUUUACAACCAAUGAUGAUGAUUACAAGGGUCGAUCAUGAAAGUAUGGGUAGGCCAGAACCAUAUAGUGUCUUAAAAACAUCUGAACAAACUGUAAAGUAGUCAUGGAAGAAGAAAUCAAAAGAGAAAGAGAAAGUUGUGGAAACACAUCUUUGCCUUUAUGUUAUGUACUGUGUAAUUGCACUGAUCACUGCGGCUCCUGGGAGGCUGAUGGAAAGUACCUGCUCUGUUUUAGGAAAUCAUGUCAUAAUGAAAGCUUAUCUGUGUACGCAUGUCCAACGAUUACGUUUGGUUUUGUAUGUAAAAUUGAUUAACUUUUACAUUCCACUAACCAACAAAUGCAGAAAUGUUGUUUCUUUGAAUAAAUUCGAUUACAGCACACUGUUA